AUGCAGACCGCGGUCCUUGAGCCCGCGAGUGCUGAAGUUGCCAACAAGGGAGACGCCAGCAGCACUGCGGAUGUCGCCGUGGACGUGGACCUGCUGUUGGAGCACCCCGAGGAGGCGCUGCUGCCAGCGCUGCGAAUGCUGCCUGGCGGGUGGGGGGCGGCGCAGCUGGCGGACAUCUCUGCAUGCCGCCUGUCAGGCGCCAUGACAAACCUGGUGUACCGAUGCGCCCUCGCGCCGCGCGGCGUGGAGGAGCGCGUCGUCCUCGCCCGCAUCCACGCCAACCGCGGCGCCGCCGCCGGCGACGACGCCGACGACGCGGAGGGCAACGCGGGCGGCCCCCAGCAAAACGGGGGUCCUGGCGAGCCCGGCUCGCCCGUCGCCAGCCGCCUGACGGCGGCCGAGGCGGAGGCGCUCAAUCAUGACGCCGCCCACUCCGGCGGCGACGGGAUCGACGACGGCGUGGGGGGGGACAUGAGCCUGUUCGACCGGCGGGAGGAGAUAGCUACAUUCAGCGCGGUGUCGUCGGCGGGGCUGGGGCCGCAGCUGCUGCUGCUGUUCCAGAACGGGCGGCUGGAGGAGUUCCUGGUCGA